AUGCAUGUCACAGGAGUGGUUCGAGAGGUGGCUCGUCGGAUCUACGAAACAGAAGUCAUAAUGAAAGUACAGGAAAGAAAGCAGGAGCACUUGGACGCUUUCGUGACAGAGCACGUCGUGUUUGUUAUCAGCCAAGUUGAAACUGGAAAUGGUCAGCCAGCAAAGGCGAUUUCAAGUAAGCCGGAGCAGUUCGAUGCAAAUGUGGUCAGUAAGAAGAUUUACGAUUCAUCACAGCGUGGUGUAUUCGACAUUAGUUCAGACGACUUCUCCAUCGCUUUUCCCUACCAUAUCUGUUUCGAUAAAGACCUGUUUGUUGAACACUUCGGACACUACAUUCGGAAUGCAUAUCCAAUGGCGAUACGUCAAGAGACAAGAGUUUCGGAUAUUUUGGAGCUGGUACAUCCUGAGGUGCCUCUGUCCUACGAGUCGAUUCUAGCAUUCAAAAAUAGUUUAUUUGUUUUCAAAAUGAGAGGUAUUGGGGAUAUAGUUCACCAGAAAGAUGAGGAAAUGAAACCAAUUUUACUCAAAGGUUCAAUGAUCCUCAUUGGUGGCGGCAAUUAUAUUCUUUACAUCUCCUCUGUAUAUGUUACUACGGUACGCGAAUUAAUUGAAAGGAAUCUGCAUAUCAGUGACAUGCAACGACACGAUGGCACCAGAGAUUUGAUUAUGCUUAAUCAGAGUCGAAUGAGUCAAGUUGAGCUCAAGGUCUUGGGAUGGAGUUUCCCUUUUGACAAAACUCAUGCAUUUGAAAAUUGCAAGAUUAUGUUGAUUAGGUUCUGCUAAAG